AAUUAAGGACACUUUAACGGGGCAUUCAUCGUACAUGGAAAAGUAUUGUUUCAUUGUCGAAGUCCCAAUAAUCAACAAGCUAAAAGGAAGUGAUUUAUGGAAACUAAAUGUCAUCAUUUAUCAUAACAAGAAGCAAUCAUCUAACUAAUAAGUUUCAGCUAUUACACACACAUGUUUCUGUUCUUCAUUUUCAUUAUGCUAUAUUUUAAUUUUUUAGAUGUAAGUGUUGCCACAGACACCAUAACAUCAACUAAUUUUAUCAAGGACUCUGAAACUCUAAGCUCCAAGAAUGGUAACUUCACCUUAGGCUUCUUCAGCCCUGAAAAUUCUACGAAUCGCUAUGUCGGAAUUUGGUGGCAGCCACAAUUCACAGUCUUAUGGGUUCUCAAUAGAGAAAAACCACUCAAUGAUUCUUCUGGUGUUGUUACAAUGUCUGAUGAUGGCCAUGAUCUUGUGAUACUGAAUGGAAAGAAAGAAGUGAUUUGGUCAUCAUCCAAUGCGCCGAGCAUCGCAACCAAGUCAAGUUCCAAACUUUUAGAUUCAGGGAACAUUGUACUACUUGAAGACACAACACGUAGAACUAUAUGGGAGAGUUUUCAGCAUCCUUCAAAUACACAGUUACCAAACAUGAAACUUACUACCAACAAAAUAACAGGUUGGUAGCUUAAUUAUUUAAUUAAAAAAUUAUGGAGUGAUAUAAUCGGUUAUUAGGAAUUAUUAAUAAAAUAAAUUAUAUUCAAUUAUUAUUAUGCACUAAUAUUUAGUUAUGAAUGAACCAUGAUGGGUCUUGUCAUUCUAUUAUUUGUUUAAUUGUUACUACAUUAGACGGUAACACUGAAAAGAUGGCAAUGAGUGGGUUCAUUUCUCAACUGUCGGUUCUCAUUGUAAUGUAUGAAGUUCUUAUACAUUCUUAACUUAAAUAUGUCUUGAUUUGUAUCUAAUUACAGGUGAGAAAGUAAAACUUACAUCAUGGAAAAGCUCUUCUAAUCCAUCCAUUGGAAGCUUCUCUUUAAGUGUUGAACGACUUAGUAUAACUGAGGUGUUCAUUUGGAACAAAACUCGACCAUAUUGGCGCACCGGUCCAUGGGAUGGUAAGAUUUUUUCAAGGCUUCCAUAUACGAAAACUCAUGACCUCAAUGAUAUACAUGUUGGAAAUGACGGUUCCUUUUUUGAAACAACAAAGGAUACAAUUGGUCUCAUAAUCUAUAAUCUGACUUCAGAAGGAAACUGUGAAGAGAAAUGGUGGGAUGAAAAGAAGAAAGAAUGGAAUGUAACAUGGAAUAGUCAUCAAAUGGAAUGUGAUGUUUAUGGUGUAUGUGGAACUUUUGUUAGCUGUAAUUCACAAAGCUCACCAAUAUGUAGCUGUUUGAAAGGGUUUGAGCCAAGGAACAAAGAGGAAUGGAAUAGG